AGCUUUUUGAUUAUGAAGAUGAUAACAAUGGGGCCGCUUGGUCACUCCCGUACCGGCUCUGGGUGCUUCGAGUGGGAUGAGACGCCCCACAAUGUGAUAUCGCACAUUAACGUCUCAUUCAACAAACACGGAGUAACUUUAAUUCAGUUCGGAUAUGUCGAGAAUGGAGCUGUUGUCAUGUCUGAAACAUACGGUUCAUCAUCAUCUGUCUGUAGCAGGCGUAUUUUGAGGCUGAACCAUGAGACAGAGUUUGUGAAAGGGAUAUGCGGGGAGAUACACAAUGGUUACAUUUCCUCUCUGGCGUUUCAAACAAAUGAACGUACACACUAUGCGGUUCACUGGACCUUCGAUGCAGGAGAAGUGGGUCUUGAGAAGAUGGAUUUCAUUCAGGGAUACUUGAACGCCGUGAAUUUGGAGGUUUCUUUGGAACUUGUAACCAUGCUCAGCUGACAUCUAUUGGUUUCUAUGUGAGGCUUCUGGUCCCAAAUGUUAUGGCGAUCAACGGGGAAGAUGUCUCAACAAGCAAGCGGUGAUGGUGAAGACUUCUUGAUCUUAUACUAUAUGGUUUUACUAGACUACUCAUGUGGCUUAGUCUAAUCUUUCCAUAGAGUCAGUCUCAACAAUAGUUUUAUUUCUCAGCUUGUUAUGAUGUAUCCCUAUUAAACUAUGAAAUAAAGUAAUCAGGAGGCUC